AUGGGUAUGCAUGUCGCUCGUUCUGCAUGUCGCCAUUUCAAUCUUGCUUGUCUAAAUUUACCCAACAGAGCGUGGCCAUCGAAAGUUUCAUCUCAGAGAUACAUUGUGACAAAGCUUACUAAAAUUGGUUCAGUGUAAACACUGUUAUUCUGUUUAAUCUAAGUAAGAAGUCAUCAAACCUAUUAAAACAUGGCAUGCAUGCGGCGCCAUAUCAUGCAGCGUUUUUUUUUUGUCGGAAAAUGGCCUAGUGCAUGGCUAUGAAUAUUUCAUGAAAAAGUUCUUCAGCAAACUCACGUUGUGUUUUUCGUUCCCCAAAACCGUUUUCUUUCCCUAAAAUGGUUUUCUUUCCCCCAAAACAGAUCAUGAUCUUUGGAGACGUGGUGGACCAUCUAUAGCAACUACUGCUCCAUCUCAUAAUUCAGGUAUAAUCCAAUAUGGUUGAUCAACUCGGUAAUAAGUUCUACAAGUACUCGGGGAAACGAAUGAACAGCAGUGUAUCUCAACAUCACUCAGUUGGUAGAGCAUCGAUCUAGUAAUUCGAAGGUCGCGGGUUCGAAACCGACCCGCGGCGGGAAGAAUUUAUAUAUAUAUAUAUAUUGCUACUCCGAGUUUCGUGCCGUAAAGGCAAUCAUCAGGCAACAGUUUUUGUUGAUAUUCAGAAGCAAAAACUGUUGCCUGAUGAUUGCCUUUACGGCAUGAAACUCGUAGUAGCAACAAAAAAUUUUAAGUAUUAAUAUAUAUAUAUAUAUAUAUAAGAUUUAGUUUCGUUGGUUAUAAAAACGUUUGGUAAAGUGCUCAAUGGAAAACCAGAAAUGUCGGACUUACAGAAAAAUCGUUUAAAACAAGACUUGCAAACCAUAAAGCAUCAUUCAACUCUUUCGACAAACGGAACGCUACCGAACUAAGCAACUACGUGUGGGAAUUGAAAAACAAAAACAUCAAUUAUACAAUCAAAUGGAAACUAUUGAAACGAGCUAAGCCUUAUAACUGUGCUUCAAAUCGGUGUAAUUUGUACUUAUGGGAGAAAUACUUUAUUAUUUGUAAGCCAAAAAUGGCCACUUUAAACAAACGAAAUGAGUUAGUGUCUGCAUGUAGGCUAAUAAAAAAUUCCUUUUAAGUAACAUUUAAAAAGCUAGACAUUUAAACAUACCGCGGUGUGUUAAUCUUUCCGCGUCCUGUCAGCUUAUCACAUAACAUGUUAAUUAAAUCGCGUGGUUUGUAAAUAGGAUUAAGUUUUUUAAAGUCUCAUCCACUUGUAUACAUAUAUAACCUUGUAAGUUUUAGUCUAUAGUCAUUAGGUCAAUUUAUCUGAAGAGUGCCACAUUUUGUGGUACGAAACUAUUUAGUAAUAAAGAUGCCUAGUGGAUUUUGUUGAUUGUUGUACCUUAAUUUAAAUAUGCUCUGGUUUCCCAUUGAGCACUUUACCAAAAGUUUUUAUAACCAACGAAACCAAAUCUUUAUAUAUAUAUAUAUAUAUAUAUAUAUAUAUAUAUAUAUAUAUAUAUAUAUAUAUAUAUAUAUAUAUAUAUAUAUAUAUAUAUAUAUAUAUAUAUAUAUAUAUAUAUAUAUACCAAAUAUGCAUUUAGAAUCAUAUAUGAGUAGAGUGCUCAAUAUACCGAAGUAUAGAGCUAAUAUAGAUAAAGAUAAAAUAAACCUGGUUUAUAUAUAUAUAUAUAUAUAUAUAUAUAUAUAUAUAUAUAUAUAUAUAUAUAUAUAUAUAUAUACUAUAUAUAUAUAUAUACUAUAUGUACUAUAUAUAUACUAUCUAUAUAUAUUGUACUAAUUGUGCUAUUGUAGGAAAAGUAGGAAUAAAAGAAUUUUGUUUCUCGAAACUUUUAAAUUGCAGCAACAUAAUUCAAAUGCAUUAUGCGUGUGAGUGAAUGUAUUUGGGUGCACCAUACACCAAUCCACACUGUACAGCAGGAGCAUACGAUGUCUGAUUAACUGAGGGGUGGGGCUGUUGAAUAUUUGGAGUCUCUAGAUCGUCGGAAAUGGCACUUUUAGAGUCUUCAUUAAUUUGUUGAUUUUGAUUCUAGAGAUGCUAUGGAAUUUUAUUCUUGGAAAAUGUACUUCUUCUUUUCCCGUGAUCUUAUAAUCUGGGACACAAAUAGGGAAUACAAACUACGAGUCCUAUAGAUCUAAUUACAAGAACUAUAACAUACUGAUUCCCCAAGCUGUCUUAAAAAAGUAGGAUUUUAUGAGAAAAAGUAGGAAAAUCAAGCAAUUUUUAAUAAAGAAUAGGAAAAGUAGAAAGUUGAAGAAAAGUAGGAAAAAGUAGGAAAAGUAGGAUGGCAAGAAAGCCUGAGCCUCUGUAUAUUUUUCAGUUCAUAACCAUGAUGUGUGUAUCAACAAAUAUAUAUUUUAUAAUUUAAGAUUGCAUAAAAGAUAUUCUCAUUCUCUGGGACAAUUCUGCAUCUGUUGGCUAUGGGGAUUUCAAAGACAAAGUACUACCAUUUCUCCUAAACCUUGUCAAGAAUAAUAAGCUGAACGUGGGUGAAGGAGGAACACAACUUGGUUUUAUCACAUUUUCAUCUUUGGAAAAAACUAGAACAUUGUUGAAGUUUGGAGAAAAAACAACGCGUGAUGAUUAUGUAAAGUGGCUGGAGUGGUAUAAGUCACCAAGCUACCCAAAACUUGUAUAUGAAGCGGAUCUGGUGGGUGACCUGACCUACAUGGGUGAAGCAUUCAAGCUUGCAAACGAGGUAAGUCAUAGUCCUGUAUAUAACAUUCCUGUGAUAAAAAAAAUCCUCCAUAGAUGGUGUAUAUAGACAACAAAAAUCCAACUUUGGCACGUUUCACAUCAAAACAGUCUUUUAAGUUGUGAAAUGCCACCCUUUUUGCAUAAGUGCGAUCAAAAAUGGCCAAAUCGUUCGAAAGUGCAUUUUCCAUGCACAUUUGGGAAAAUAGACCAUUUCGAAUGUUGCUCUAGUUGUCAAAAACAAUGACACCAAAUCCAGGCUUAGUUCUAAAUUAUUUCAAAAACAUUAUAAUUUAGCCUCGUUCUAAUGCUACUGUCUGUGGGCAUUCGACCAGCCGCGUAAUCCGGGGAAAUCGAAUAUCAAAUGUUCAUCCAAACACUUCAGAAAUCCAUUCGUAUCCUUUUCGUAAUCCUUUUGAGAAAUCAAAUCUGUCUUAUAUUUGAAAGAACUUUUGCAAUGAUAUAUGAAAACCCUUUACAUUUUUUCUGUAUCGUUGGUUUUCGAAAACAGCGUGUAUAGCCUGUAGGGCGGCCAUCUCAGCGGUUAAGGUUCAAUAUGCAUGACGUCACAACCGCGAAAAAAAGAAAUUUUUAUACUGCCAACCACAUUUCCCUAUGAGCCUUGAAAUCGAUUCUCAGGAUUUCUCCGUUUCCAACGGGUGAUUCCAGCUUUAGACUAAAUUUUGAUCAAGGCAAGAAGAACAAAAUCCAACACCACAGCUAGAAAGAGCGUCUUAGAAUGAGUAAAACUGCAAAGGUUGGUUGCUCAAUGUUGUAAAAUAAAGAAAAUAUAGCCCUGUGAAGUUCGCAAAUUUUGUAUAUAUUUGUAUUAUGCACUGUAGAAAUAACCACUUUCGGCUCAAAAACGGUAAUUGGUCCCGCGCGUAUAAUGCAAAUAUAUACAAAGUUUGCGAACUUCACAGAGUAAAAUUUUCCUCAUUUUACAACAACUCGCAACCAAACUUUGCAGUUUUACUCAUUUUAAGAUGCUCUUUCCAGCUAUGGUAAUGGAUUUCGUUCUUCUUGCCUAGAUCAAAAUUACGUCUACAGCUGGAAUCAUCCAUUGAAUCACAAGAUACGUAAAAAAAUUCUCAUUGAAAUGCGCAGCCAAUCACAUAGUAAUUUUAACAGGUUUGUCCAUUGAAAUGAAUAUAACUGGAACGUUACACGGGAAAAAAUAGUGAAAUUCAUACUAUGGAAUUUGCGAUUGCAUUACUAAAUUCAUAGUAGCUAUAUCCAUAGUAUUUCCAUACUAUAUCCGUAGUAUAGGAAUUGCAAUAAGUAAGAAAAUUGGAUCCAUACUGUUUCCAUAGUGAGGAGUUUGAAAAAAGUUCCAGCGCUACCUUCAGAUAAACUCCUAUCUUUUUCUUCAAGCCGAAUCUGACCUCCAUGCAGACACGCGUGUGUAUAUCGCUUAAUUUCCCGCAAGACUACUUCAAAGAGUGAGCAUGCCGUUUUACUGAAUAAAGCAGGCAAAAUUUACAUAUACUGUAUGAAAGAAGAAGCGAUUCCAUAUAGACCAUAUAGAUGGUGACGUCAUGUUUUCAUUUUUUAGAUUCAAAUAGCUUUUAGUUUAAAACACUGACAUAUAUUGGAAACUGUAGGGAGCCUGCUUAAGAUGAUUGGUUGAUUUUAGGUACCAUUGUUUUUCCACCAAUCGGAUCAGUUUGUUACAGAUUUUUGCACUGUUGUUACAGAAUUUUGCACUGCUGUUUGAGAUUAACUGCACUGAAAUCAACCAACCACAGUCGAGUUGUAUUUUUAUGUACAUAUAUUAUUAUGAUUGUAAAUUUAUCAAUUUAUUUUUUUUAAGAAUUUUACUCAAACAAGCCCUUUCAAUUACCGCAAACAAGUAGAAGACGUUAUUUUUUUGUUCACUGACGGAGAACCAAAAGCUGGAAGUAACGAAUUAACGAAAAAGCAAAAGACAUGGCCGAGCAAUAUUCGAAAACGCUGAAGGAGGACAAAAACGUCAAAAUUAUCGGUUUGGCAGUUGGCAAAGAUAGUGUGCUUAAAGAUUUUAAUCAAACGAUUAUCGACUUGUCAUCAGAACCAGGCAAGAAAAACCAAAAAUAUUAUUUUCAAACACGCUUAACGGAGAAAGAUCUGAAUAAAAUCGUGGAUCAACUGGUGGGUCCUUUGUGCGUUCCAGCGGGUAAGUUCUGAUACACCAUGAUCAAUAGAAUAAAGUUAGGGAACUCGAUGCAGACAUAAUAGACCUCAUUAUCUAUAUGUUUUUGUCUGGUUUAUGCAAAAAAUGGUCGGUUCAUCGCCGCAUGUGUAUUGUUUUUUCGCUCAACCAACAAAUAGCAGUGUGUUGGUUUAAUUAUCCAUUCAUGAUAUUACAUUUAACAAUGGUUAAAUGAGAACAUAGGUAUUGGUCGCUCUAGCGAAGUACAAUUCACGCGUGACAAUUUCUUGCAUAAACCAAGACAAAAACAUAUAUAACGAGGUCUAUUAUGUCUGCACAACUGUAUAAAAAAUAAAUCCAAUUUGGUUAAGAAAUUCAUGUGACUUUGACAGCAUUUUUAUAUCGGCUCGUAUUUGGUCGUUAUUGGUUGAAGUGACACACGAAAGAUGGCGUUAAAAGGCUAAAACGCUAACUGUGAAAACCUUGAUACACCAUGUAGGCCGUUUCCAACAAGCGUACCGCACAGUACCGUACAAUACCGUACAGGAACGUAAACAUUGACUUGCGAUGAACUUUUCAUUUUGAUACGCGAAUACACCCAGAAAUACGUGAAUUUAUUAACCUAUUUUCAAUCUACACAAGCUCACCAGUACGUUUGGGUACGGUACAGUUAAAAUGGAAAACGGCCUUAAGUCAUGCAUGUUUCGUUUCCCUUGUUUAAGAAAAUCAAUCAAGGUUUUAAGUUUUCUAUGCACGCUGUCCCAAACCACUCCCCUUUUUUGUGGUAUUGCAACCAAUAAGCUUCGACAAAAGUUUCAGAUUUUUAUACUAUCGUCUUAAUCAAUUCAUUUGAUAUUCGGUUAACAAAAUAACCAACAGUUUGCCUUCUAGAACCAUAUAAGGUGGCGACACCAAUAUUUCAACAAGGUGUGAGCUGAGUACCGCAGGCUCGAUUUAGUUAGGGGGUCUGGGGGCAUGUCCCCCAAGAAAUUUUUAAAAUUUGGGUCUCUGAAAUAGUAUUUCAUGCAUUCUGAGAACACAUUUUUAAAAAAUCUCAGCUUCUCAAAACAAAGUUUUAAUGGUGAAAUUUGUAAUAAAUUGCAUGCUAAACAUCCAAAUAGAACAUAAGUUUAAAUAUGCUCACCAACAAAUUUUGUUUUUUAAACUUCUUUUCAAUAAUAAACUCAUUUACUCAAUACAGGUCAUAGGGCCCUGGCUUUGGGGCAAUAGGCCAUUUUUUCUUCAGUGGUGGGGUAGAGGAAGGGGCCCAAUGGGGCAAAUGCCCCCCCCCCCUCCAGUCCAUGGUAUUAAAAAAUCACUUGAUUCCUGUUUAGGAAUAAAACGCAUAAAAUCAGUCAUGCGUUUAAUGUGAACGACUAAUACGGCAAAAAGUCCAAAUUCUAAGGGUCGCGCGUUGGACUUAGUGUAUAUGAAACUGCCUGAUAGUAUGAUAUACGGUUCAUAAACCACCUUCCAAGUUUUUCGAACUGUGCAGUUUUUCAUACACCCUCACAUGUUAAUUAGUAUAGAUAAGGCGGAAAAUUAUGCCUCACGCAAAGAAAUGAAAAUGUUUACAAGGAGAGCUAGAGAAUUAAGAGUCGUGCAAGUCUGGGGGGAAAUAUUUAUACCUGUCACGUUUUGUAAUUUUGUAUUCUUUUGCAUUUUAAGCUUAAUCCUAAUCCUAAUCCUUACUCUAAUCCUAACCCUAAAAAUAGUAACUGUUCAUAAAUCGUGACUCAUAUAUAUGAAAAUAUUGGUGUAAGGCAUGUGAACACUGAAUUUCAAGCACUCAACUUUCAAAUGAUGAAACUGGUCGAAACAAGUUAAGGUGGUUCGACAUAAUAAUCCAAACAAGAAUCGCGAAAACAGAACCUUAUGCUAUAUGUAUUCAAUCUUCUUUGCAGGCGAUUGUGACUGUAAAGGGAUAACAGAACAAACGGUAUAUACCAAGAAGGGAAGCAAUGCUAUUGCGGAGUGGCCAGAACCCAUUCUCACAUGUGCCAAUCAACCAAGCAAUUAUGAAGUGAAGGUCAGUCCCAAAGGUUCGACGUCUGGCCAGGCAUUCCAAGAAGGCUCACACAACAUUACAUAUAGCUUCAUUUACAAUGAUGCUACCAUGCGAAGGACCAAAGAUUGUAUCGUAUCUAUUAAAGUCGCUGGUAAGUCAAGAAACAUAUGUUACCAAGUUGCCUGAGCUCGCUCGAACGUUCGAAAAUUUUGGCCAAAAUUGAAACCUAAUCCAGAUUAACCUGGUUUAUAAUUAUAGUGAGCACACAUGCAAUGUAAAUAUUGACUUGUUUUUUAUGCCCCCUCAAACUGCUCUGAUAACUAGGACUAUAGAGAGAGCAUCAGCUGUGCAUAAAUGAAGCCAAUGGCGGCCAUAUUGUUGUGACCAUAGUUUUGACCAUGUUGUCACAUAGGAAAACCCAUUUUACUCACAAUGUAGUUAAUUUAAAAUGUGACGACCUACUUUAGAAUUUUAAAGGUUUUGACCGACUUUAGAAUCUCAUCUUAUAAACAUUCUGGCUUAAAAAUUGGCUGAUCGAAUUCAAAAGGAUAUUCUAUCCAGUCCUAAUUUAGAGAUCAGUGCCCCUCCCACAGAAUCUCUGCAGUGUACAGCUUGUGUAACCUGAGUAAUGUCUUUAAAUAUUAUGCAAUAAAAUAUAUUUGGUUAUACGUAUACUUGAUGAAAUUUUCAUGACAUUUCAACGUUACUACCAUUUUCGAGCUUCCGUGAAGCGUGCAUUUAUAACUAGGUUUAAAACGUUUCUUCAGCAUGAGUUUGCCAUUCAAAACGUUUUGUUUUGCUCCUAAAACUUUUUGUUUUGACAUAAUAACUUCUGUGGGCGUGGUAUAAAACUUUGAAUUUCGGCGUCAAAACUCAAAAGGACACUUGUAUUAUUGAGGUUUGUUACUUAAUCAUAUCCAAAAGCUGCUAUAAAUCUGUCAUUUCGCUUUCUAUAGCAAUUUUGUCAGUAUAAACGCGUCCGUGUGAAAAAUAAGAACAAAUUUUAGCGUGCAAAACAAUGUGCUCGACUCCACGCCCACAAAAGUUAUUAUGGCAAAUCAUGCUGAAGAAACGUUUUGAAACGUAGUUAUUAUAAAUGUACGCUUCACGGUAGCUCGCAAAUGAUAGUAACAGAACGUCAUUAUCAAGUCAAUGAUUCAUAAAAAUGCUCAGAUUUGAACACUAAAGUAAAACAAUGAAAUCAUUAACGAGGCAUAUAAACACUGAGUCAGUUCCCUCAAAUAUUUCUUACAAAUCCUUCAAAACUUAGAAUUUACCUAUGCAAAAUUCCUGUUGUGAUAACAGAAACUUCGAUAGUGUAAACCACUCUUCAGUAUACCACGCACUGUAUAUUGACAGUUUCACUCAUCUUGGUCUCAGAUGCUGUUCUACGUUCUUACUUGGAAACACUCGUUGCAGAAGUCCCAUUUACACUACAGUACGUUCAAUUUUGGCACCUGUAAAUUUUUAUCCGUGCUCGCACUACCUAUAUAUACGUAGCCUGCGUGCAGGCCCAAGGGAACUGAUAGUGGGCCUGCAACCAUCGCCCGGUAUUUUGUAAAACGCCCCUUUUCAUAACACGCCCCAUUCGCGCGUCAAUUGUCAAAAAAGAACCAAUGACAGCACCCAACUAUUAACAAACAAACUCGCAUUAAAAUGUUGCGGGGUUUUCUCUGCUUAUUCAGAACACUAAUAAACACCGAUCUAAUAUUAGACCAGUGCUAAUAAACAAUGUGUAAAUGGCUGCGUUUUAACUCCAAAAAAGCAAGCAACGCAGUCAGUAAUUGCCAAAUUUGCAAGUGCUCAUUUUCAACUAAAAUCGGAACAGGCAAAUUAGGACGAAUUUCAACAGAAAACCAGUCUCAAACUUCAAAUCAUGAGGGAAGUCGUGCGACCACAUUAGGAUUUAUAUUAUGUGUGCUUCGCUGUCGCCAUUGGCAUUGUUAUAAAUAAAUUGCCUCACUUAUCAGAUCGUGUGUGCAAUUCUUGUUGGCGGCGGAAAGUACGAAAUUUAUUUCAUUUGGUAAAGAACUCUACAAAAGAAGAGAGCGUUCCGAGUCCAGAUCGUUUAGUUCGAGGUUUCGUUUCAAACGGCAAUUUAAUACCGCCUUCUGUUUCGCUCUCUCAGCGAAGCCUUGUAAAUCGAAAAGUGUUUCGAAUAAGCUUCCAGUCCUUACAUGCAACUGCAUCUCAACAUCAACCAAAAGAUAAUUUUCUUGAGGAAGUGAGAACACAUAACGUAUCAACUGAAGUCUGUUUGAAAUUAAUGAAAUUCAAGUAAAGGUUACUAUAGUUUACCCCAGUCGUAAUUUGCUAUUCCAACACCUCACGACAAGCAAUCCCCAUUGGUAUAACGGCAAAAACAUGUCUUCCUUCAAAUAAACAAUAAACAGUCUGUUCUUGUUCCAUUUGUAAUCGAAAAAAGUGAUCAAUUUUCAAAUUUUAAGCUUAUCGAGAGCCUUUGUCUAUGCCUUUGUGAUGAAUCACUGUUCCCUGGGGCUUGCACGCGGGCUACGUUAAUUAAUUACCGAUCGCCUCAGCUAGCCAAUGGGAAUUUAGCCGGCGGUUCGGCCGGCGAAAAUCGAAAACAUGGGGUGAUGGUUGCAGGCCCACUAUCAGUUCCCUUGGACCUGCACGCAGGCUAAUAUAUACGCUGAGGCUGAAAAAAAUGUAGUAUUCAAAAUGUUAAUUCAAGUAAAAUUACUCAGUUUUAUGACUAUACAAUUUUUUUGAGAAAUGUUUCAAACUUUCUCAAUGUUUUGAGUUAACAUUUCAGUACAUUUCUAAAAAAAAGAGUAAAUUUGAUCACUGUUGGUGAAUUAUCUUACUGAAGUUUUUUUAGUCAAAAUUUUUGCCAGCUUCCAAAGGUCGAGCGUCAAUAAAUUUGGUACGAGGGAACCAUUUUUAUCCGUGCCGUACCAAGAAUUGAGAGCAGUCAAUAAACACGGGGAUUCAACACUAACUUAGCUAUCCAGAUAGUUCAUUUACUUUCUUACACUGACAGUAAUAUUUCCAUUCAUCCUUUAAGGUUGUGAGUGUCCUCCUACUCAACAACUUAGCGGAGUAAUUGGACCUUCUGAAACCGAUGGUCUAGCCGAAUGGAACAUACCUGAACCCACAUGCCCCACAAUGUUAUCUUCUCCACAACACAUCGAUACAACACCCAACUCGGAGAGGAGACGGUUAUCCGAAGGAGAACACACAAUACAAUACGUCUACACUCACGCAGAAGGCAGCAUUAAUGCCUUCGACAUAACAUGUGAUGUAAAAAUCACAAUGCAAGGUGGGUUUUCUUAAGACGAAUCUUCAUUAAUCAUAUUUUUUUCGGUUGGUACGGAAAGGUUGGGUAACGUUUCAUCCACAAAAUGAACGGGUAACUAUUUAUAAUGGUCACUUUCAUCCUGCUCAUCAGCACUACACUGAUGAGGCCCAAAAGGCCGAAACGGUACCGUCUGUAGUUAGAUAUUGCUCUAUGACCCUUGUGUCAUAUUGAGCACUCUACAGGAUGAGUCAUUGUUGCUUACGCAUUGUGCGCAUGCUCACUGCUCACAUCCAUUUCAUGAAAUUUUUUCGCAUCCAGUUAUCAACGAACUUGUUUCACAAUUCUUUAAGUUACUUUUCGUAUCACGUUUAUCCAAAAUUAGAUCAAACUAUAGUAAGUUGAUUUCUUAUCCAAAUGUAAACGUCUGGAGUAGCAUUCAGUAUCUAACACUGGAUCAGUAGACCAUCCUUUCGAAUUCAGUGAGACAUUUUGAAGCCAGAAUAAUUCAAAGUGAGAAUUGAUUGUUGAAGCUAUCAAAUUGUUAAGAGAUCGAAUCGUUUGCUUGUUAAUAAAAUAGUUUAUUACGACCCAAAAGCCUGAUGUGUCAUAAUUACUUUAAUUUUUUCAUUUAGCCUGCAAAUGUCCCACUACCCAAACAGUGAAUGCCAAAGUGCAACCCGGUGAUACGAGAGUCUUGGUCGCUUGGACAGAACCUACACCCAAUUGCACAACCACGCCAAGCGCAAGUAAUCCAUCAAGCACCAGUGGAUGGUUCUCAGUUGGUCAACACAAGCGUACGUACAAGUACAAGUACGCAAACAAACAAACCUCUUUUGAUAUAAAAUGUUAUGUGAAUAUCGUCGUCACAGGUAUGUUAUAUGUAUUUAAAACAUGAGGCGCAGCCGAGCGUUUUAUGUCUGAUAAAACACAACAACGAGUGUUUUGAAUAGCUUAAAAUACGACACCAAAAGAAUACUAAUUAGGAUAAAUAAUUAUAUAAUGCCACAUGCUUUAUCAGAUAUAAAGUCAUUCCACGUGACAUAUUAUAGCUGACAUGAUUUGCCACAAGGUUUAUGAAUUAUUAAUAAGUAUUGUAUGAGGAAAACACAAAAGAAAUCACUGCCGUGUCGGUGAUUCUAUAUAUGUGAUAAAAAAAUCAACAGGUGGGAAAUUUGUCGUCGCUGACCAAAAAAUUGCGGGCAGAAACAAAGCUCAUUGCAUUUACAUUCAAAACAAAGCAGAAAGUUAGCAAGAAGCUGUUUUAGCUGACGAUUUUAUGCUUUCCAUUCAACGAUUUACAAAUUAUUUGUUAUUCUUUUAAAAGUCGAUCAUGAAUUCUUUGUUUUGGGAUGAUUGUUUUGUAAUCGAGUGAUUGGAAGAAGUUCAUAUGGCGACGUGAACAUGGGAGUAAAUACCGUAUACGUCGAUCUAUGGCUUGUUUAAAACCGUAAUAAACGAAGAAAGACGUGAUUUGAGAAUGAAAUGUAAGUUGAAAUUAACUUUAUAUGCCUCAAAUUUUCCAUCCUAUGUUUGUUAAUGUAACUUCAGCUGUCUAAGUUCAAAAUACAAGCUCGCGAAAUUUGACAAAUUUUGAAAAUAUGUAAAAAUAGCUUGACUUUGAACUGUAUUUUCUCAAAAAUAGCCCGUGGCCUCAAUUUCAAAUAUAGCUAAAUUAAAAGAAAAAAGUUUUCGGCGUUUGUAGGUAUCAAACAUAUCGUCAGGAAAAUAGGGGCUCACAAUGUUUUAGUUCAGUCUUUGAGACCCAGUUGCUUCGCACGUGUUGUGGUCAAAUUUUUGCCAAGAAUCAAAGGCCGAAAUGUGAACUUCCUUCAUGAAAACCGCUUCGAGAAGGGUCUAGUUUGAAAAUUUAGCUAUUAAUUUCGAUUUCAUGAGCAUAUUUUGGUUACACGUUAAGUAUUUUUGUGCUUGAUGCGAUUCAAAAUUUGUUGUAUAUUCAAGCCCGGCUUUUGUGUAAUUUUGGUGAUGACCGGAACAGAAAUAAAGAUAUUUUAAAAACUGGCCGUGGCCUCACGAUAAAACUUUCUACAAAUGUUCUCUGUUUCAUGUACUUUUAUUUGAUAUCUUGGGUAUAAGCGUAAAAAUAGGGGCUCAUACAGUUUAAGAGGUUGUAAAAUGCAUGACUUGCCUCUAUUUUCAUGUAAACAUUCGAAAUUCUUCGACAGCAAAGUAGCAACUGUUUCAGAUCGAAUGCACACGGACAGCCCACCAGAGACAAUGGCAGGGUACUGAAAUAGAACGUCACUAAAAAGUUCUGUAUGAUUAAUUUAGAACAUGUUCACUCUUUCAACAUAAAACAGUCAUUUAUUUUGUACAAACAUUUUGCAAUAUUUACACGAUUGUGCUUUUUGUAAACACGCGUUGCGUGUAUUCCACACAAUUGCGUGACUCAUUUUACUCGCGCAUGCUCAGACAAAUUUCCCACCUGUUAAAAAAAUCAUGUUCAUUUACAUAAACUUUAGCUUUGAUUCUCUCGGCUUAGACUACGUUUAGUUUUAAAUCUACUUCGCCAAUGAACUCAUCAGAUGGGUCGUUUUUUAAAAUAAAGCACUCCUGCUCGUGUUUUAAAUAGUAUACUUAGAGAAGCAUUAAGAAGGUUACAGGACACCCUUUUUGGCGUUUUGCGGAAAAUCGCUACUGCGCGCUCAAAUGUUCUCCAGUGCAUGCAAAAUAUGGUAAAGUUUAAAAUUAACAAACAAUAAAAUAAUGUAAGAAUUACUCAAGAAAAUCUUAAAUCGCAGCACCGUUACGCUUUUGAUCGAGUUGUGCUCCUGCUGGUUUUAAGUUAUAUUUAUGAAAAUAUCAUUUUUAUACAGUAAAAUAGUUGUUCUAAAAAAUUGUGUUCGGAAAUUUUUGUUUAUUUCGUCAUUCCGCUGAUAUGGCGAUUUCUUUGACGACUGCAAUAUAUUUCUGAAUUGUUUGAGUGAAUUGCUCUUUAUUUUUAAAAUAUCCAAAAUUAAAAACAAAAGCCAAACACAAUUUUGAAACUGACGUAUUUAGCUAUGACCUGUGAAAAUUUAAGAAAAAUUGGUUAAAACCCGCAGGAGCACAACUAAUUUGAAAAUUAGUAAUUACCGUAAAAUUUUUCGGGAGAAAAUUGAAUUUGAAUAUUACAUUUUCAAUAUUUUUCUUAUUGCAGCGAAAUGUAUUUUAUUAAAUAACUCUGCGAGUUUUCAACAUUUUUCGUUCAAACUUGGUCAGAUAGUAGAACUAGUCUAAUGCUUUCAUUGAAACCAAUAAAAAAUUUUUAGGCAAAAUUAACACUCAAAGGUGUUCUGUAACCUUAAUGAUUCGUGUGGAGAAGACAAAGGAAGUCACUACCGUGUCGGUGGUAUUAUAUGUGAUAAAAAAUCAUGUAAAUGAUUACAUAAACUUCUUUAGCUUUGAUUUUCUCGGAUUAGACAACGUUUACUUUUAAAGUUCAAAGGUAGGGUACAGUCCAUAUGUAAACAAAGCCUUUGUUUACAUUUCUUUAUUCAAAAUAUUGAACUUUAUUCGACAACUAAUUAUAUUUUCAUGCUUCUACAGUAUAAUAAAUAAUCAAGAUACAACAAUCGGGCUUUGCAAGAACAUAAAAUGAAAUAAAAACCUAAUUAAAGUGUUUAUAUUACGGCAGGAGAUCCCUAUGUGCGCAUGCGCAGACCGGACCUGUACCCUAUCUAUCUUUAAUUAAAAGCCCUUGUUAGCGACGGCACUGAUUAAAAUUGGUUGCUGCCCUGAUGUCUAAGAGCCUGCUAGUUUUUGUGGCAUACUACUUACACUGGAGCAACACUUGAUAGCUAUUUUAUACGUCUAUCAUCACUUUCCAUGCCUGCAUUUUAGGAGAAUUUUGCGGUAAAACGACUUAUGACGCGGCCACUCAUGUUUGCUGCUGUGGUAAAAUUUAUAAGAAGAAACCUGACUAUCAAUGUUGUGGCUUGGAAUACUACAAUGCUCUCAGCGAAUCAUGUUGCAACAGUGAACGAGCCAUUCUUGCGCCUCGUGGAAAGUGUCCUGUACAGAACUGAUUCUUUCACCUUUCAAGGAACUUUAUACUUGCUUAUAGGUAUAUAGAGAAUGACAACAGUAUGUUAUCUGAAUAUGCAUUGCACGAACAAUGAUAGAUUAGUGUUACCGGCAUACGUUUGUAGGGAAUUGGGUAUAUUAUGUUUGUAGGGAAUUGGGUAUGUUAUAUAUUUGCAGAGAAUUGGAUAUAUUAUGUUUGUAGAGAAUUGGACUUUUCCAUUGAACGAAAUAAAUUCUUAUUAAUACAGUAUUGGUGUAUAGUGCAUCUAUUAUAGUUGGAAUUAAAUAUUAUAGAGCCGGUUAUGACAAGGUUUAAUAUAAUAUAACAAUAACUCAAUCAGUAACUUUGCCAAUUUUUUCUAUGACUGCAAGUAUACUUGUUCAAAAAUAAGUACAUGCAAACCAAGAAUGUGGUAAAUUUGUUAGUAAAUAACUAAUAAGGUCACACGCGAAUACGCUAUUUCCUUGACAGCACUUACUUUAUCCUCAUGGUAACUUCCAGUGACCAACCGCGAUCCUACGGUUCCAACGAUGUCCUUCACCACCCCCCAGUUUUUCCACAAAUAUUUUAACUAUUUUUUACGUUUUCGGUCUAGUUUUGAGCUAAAAAAUCUUAAUAUUUUUCUCGCACUUUACUUGUUUUACAAAGUGUCGUUUCGCUUCGCUUGUGGAUGCAGCAAUUCAUUAUAAAGAAAGAUUAAUUAUUCUUUCAGGUAAGAUUCACGAAACCUUUUUUACUUUCAAGACCCUUGGUCUUAAUAAAACUCAUCAUGCUAAUACAUACAGCAAAUAUUUCAAUAGCAGACAUAAAAUCUUGUUAAUGAUUAAAAAUUGUAAACAUGAAAUUAUGUUGUUUUGUGUCAGCACUAGCCUUUUUUCAUUAGCUAUUUAUAAUUACGGUUACGCGCGUUCAUACAUAUUAUAUUAUGGCUCAGAAUUAGUGGUCAUUAACAUAUAUAUAUAUAUAUAUAUAUAUAUAUAUAUAUAUAUAUAUAUAUAUAUAUAUAUAUAUAUAUAUAUAUAUAUAUAUAUAUAUAUAUAUAUAUAUCUCUCUCAUAUAUGGCCCCAUUACACUCUGCGCAUGUCUGGAUGCGUUGAUUCACCAUGUUGUACCACAUGCCUUGGUGAGAGCAAGUUUUUGGGGGUAUAAAUACGAUUGUCUCACGUAUCUAGACGUGUACCAAGCUGCACUGACAAGGCGUUGAACGCCGAAACAUGCAUGUCUGCAGAUUGUACUAUUACGCUCCUUCACUUCGGUGUUGUUGAGCACUCUGCGGAGUUGUUAAUGGGUGUCUAUUAGCGAUAAUGCAAAGCUCACUUCCCUUGUGGUCGUUUGAGCACUCUGGCCCCAAUUUCAAUUUCCCCUUCGUGAUAUAUUCUGAAUGCGUAAUGAGCUAACUUGUGAGCCCACAGAUCGGAAUUUUAAUCAACUAUCUACUGUUUGAAACAAAAAUGUAAACAAAACACGCGCAUGAGCAGAACGGACUUGAAGCGUCUUUAAGCUUUUGUAAAGAUUGUGCGAGAAAUUAAUCAUGCAUAAAAUCAAUCAUGCAAAUAUAACCAGUCCCACAAAUGAUAAAAUUAAUUAUGCGUAAAAGGCUACUAUGGAAAAAAGCUCAAGUUUUAAAUUGUCUGGUACUUUAUACCGUCGAUUGCAACUAAGCGGAAACACGUCAUGAGAAAACGCGCUCUAAUUGGACAUGAAACAUACCAUGUUUGGACUUCAAACUUUACAUGAUUUUGUUGCAAACAUUUGACGGUUUAUAAUUAUUUUUCCCGCGAAAACGUAACAAAGUUAGUACGAACAUUGCAAACAAUACUGAUUUGUCCACUAUAAACGCAAAACUCGCAAACUUGCAGUAUGUUAGAACUUCACUAAGGCCUGUUUCAUACGUCCAAUUUAAUUCAGACGAAUUUAAUCGCGGAUUUAGUGUUUGCAAGCUAAUCCCCGCCCAAUAUGAAUGUGUUUCUAAAUUUGGAAUAUUGACAGUUGACAGCUGAAACGCAAAUGUUUGCAGUAAAAUCAUGCGAUGUUUGAAAUCCAAACAAUCAUGUUUGACAGCCAAUUGGACGCAUUUUCUCAUGACAUGUUUCCGCUUAGUUGCAAUCGACGGUAAUUCAUAAUUUAUAAAACACCGAAAAUUUACUUUUCAGAAUAACUUUGUAAUAGAAAUACCAGAAGACCUCAAACUCCCCAUACUAACAUAAAGUUGUCACAAAUUUUGCGCAUUUUUCAGGUUAAUGUAGUUACACUAGACAUUUUAGAACUGUGCACUUUUUAUACACACUGUAUAAUAAAAUACUUAUUAAUCAAUCGACCAUCAAUCAUUUAAACCAAACAAUCCUCUUGUUUUUAAAGACAUUUAAGUCAGCAAGUCCAUUAAAUCACCGUGCUGGAGUAGACGACGUUGUUAUGUUGUUCACUGAUGGAAAACCAAACCCAAGUAAUGGCAGAAAAAAUCAAAUACCAGUGGCUGAUAACUUUUCGACAGAACUGAAGAGCAAGAAUGUGAAAAUUUUCGGCUUGGCAGUUGGUAAAGAAGAGAAUAUUAAUAAAUUCUAUUCUUACAUUGUCAAAUGGUCAUCACCGCCAGAAGAAGACUACGUUUUCAAAGCAGACUUAACGGAGCUGAACGAUGUCGUGAAUAAACUGGUGGGUCCUUUGUGCGGCUUACCUGCAGGUAAGUACUGCUACACGAGCCAUGUUAUGUGGUUUCUCUGGUUACGUUUAAGGAAAUGAAUCCAAAACUAAGGUUAUUCCGACACAUCUUCAGCGUAUAGCCAGAGAAUAAACACUUAAAGAAAUCUGACCUCUUGCAUGUAUGUCGGCGUCUACGAUUUUAGCGUAACCUUUACAAUGCUGUCGUCAUGGCGCCAUGUUCCUAGUCAGUGCUGUUAGAGAGGCAUUCACCCCCCCAAAAAAAACAUUAAAAAUGGCGGACGUUCAGGGGAUAAAUGCCUCUCGCAAGCGCACUGGCUAAGAUUUUGAUGGCGAAUCAUUGGCAUUGCGAAUCAUGGCGUGGCGGCGGUUACGAAUUUUUGGCUAUAGUAUCUCCUCAGUCUGUGGUGUAACUUUAAAAGUGCACGCAUUUAAACUAAGGGGCAUUGUCCGAAUUAGUGACCUCCCCCCCUUCCCCCGGACAUCCACCAUGCCUCGCAAAAACUCACACAAUCUUGUAUAUGUCAAAAGUAAAAAACUUUUUUUACUUUUAGAACUUUUUUAUAACUAUAAAUGUGAAUACAAAAACAUAUAAAUUACUAAUUAAAACAAAAUCUAGUGUUAACCGCACAGUCAAAAUGCCAAUUUCACAAUGAGAAGGACUGCUCAAAAUAGAGGGAAAACGAAAUUUGUUUUUGAAUUUUUUUAAAUUUCGGACAUCCGGAUUUCUAAUCCCCCCCCUCCCCCCUAUGUCCGAGUUUGUCCUGAUUUUCCAAACCCCCCUCCUCCCUUGGCUCGGACAUCCUUUGUGAAUGGCCCCUAAGCUAGCUUACGUGUGCAAUCAAAGCGUAUUAACGUUCAACCACAGAGUACAUACAUAUACAGAGUUGUAACUAGUGUACCCACUUUUCUUGUGCGCGUGCUCGGCAAGUUACUAGAUGCAUUGGAUAGCGGCUCGCCCCUUUAAAACUUGCCGAGCACGAGCAGUUGAUCAUUUUUUGGCCGGCCGCCUGAAAAAAGUGGGUACAUGAAAACGUAAGCUUCCGCAGUGUUUACAACGGUUAGUUACAGCUCUGUAUAUGUAUUUACUCUGUGGUUCAACUUCAUCAAUGCUUUUCUUCUGUUGAGCAGUAGUUCACUUUUAAAACAACUGUAACUCUCUGCUAGCUUUUAGUCAGUUAUUACAGCCUUACGUCUCUUGUUGCGUAGUGCUUUUUUCUACAGCACUAAGUUCCAGAUUUUAGUCUAAGUAACUCACAAUACCCAUGCAAAUUAUAGCCAAGCGUAUCAUGCAUGCACACCGUUUUCAAAACAAAAACAAACUGAAAGUACCCGCCGGCAAAAAAUUCUGGAAUUGAAUCCAAUAUAAGAAACUAAACACACUAUAUAUAGGCUCUUUUAUUUAUUGUGCUUCGCUUCCAAACAUCAUACAAUAAUUGCAUCAAAGAAGCUGGGACACCACAACAGCUUAACACCAAUUACAAUGGGCCAAUUACAGUCGUGUUCUUUGAAUCCUCUUGUGCAUUAUAGCACGACUAUGUCUCUUUUGUCACCCACAUCCGUUCCCAACGUACUCUGAAUGUGAAUCUGACGCUCAAGACUCCUUUAUAUAACACCACUAAAUAUCAGGAUUCUUAUUUCAACAGGAUAGUAAAAUUAUGGAACAGUGUUUGCAAAAUACCUCCUCCAAACACUUUCUCCAGUGACAAAACAUCUAAACAUCAUCUUUAUAAUUCUUUAUGUUAGUGUGUACUUUUCUUGGUCUAUAUCGCGUGAUUGUCCUUGUUACGGAAGUUGCCUGUCUCAUUGUAUUAAAUUAAAUGUCGUUAUGUUUUCUAUUACCAGCCAAACCCUGCCAAAAGGUUAUGUAUUCACAUCGGUUGGUGUGUUUCUGUUUCGUCUGUCAACAGGAUGAUAAAAAAAAACGAUCAAACAGUUUAAUACCCAAUCUCAAGUCGACCAAAUCUUGGCGCAAAGAUUUGUCUUGUUUUUCAGGCGCAAAAAAGGAACGAGCAAUCAAGGACAUGUUUUUGUUCAAGCAUGAAUUCGUAGUUGACAUUAGCUGGCGGAGGAGCGCAGUUUUCGAAUGACCUCUAGAUUUCCAAUAUUAAUAUGAGCACCAUUUUUAUUUUAUCUCCAGUCGUAUGCCGUUGCACCAAACCUGUGACACCAUUUAUUGCAUAUGCUGAACCAGGUCAACAAACAGGAAAGGUCAGUUGGCCAAAACAAGAAGCAGCCUGCACCAAUGAUGUUGUUCCUACGCCAGGCCCGGUCCAUCCAUCCGGUGCCAUAUCUGGAGGGAGAUAUUCCCUGGGCAAACACGUAAUUACUUAUCCAUUCUCCUACGACGAGGCUGGCAAGCCAAAAGUUUUGAAUUGCCAGGUCAAUUUCACUGUUGUCCGUUAG